AUGUUCCCACUAAUUUCCAGCCAUCACCUUUGGUGGGGUGGGCUUCGGAGGACAGUCUGUCUGAACCUGCCAGUGCUGACCCUGCAGCACUUUCAGCAUAUGCACAUCAAAGUUGGAGACCGCGCUGAACUUAGGAGGGCCUUCACACAGACGGAUGUGGCUACCUUCUCAGAAUUAACAGGGGAUGUCAAUCCUUUGCAUUUGAAUGAAGACUUUGCAAAACACACCAAGUUUGGAAAUACAAUUGUACAUGGAGUUUUGAUCAACGGACUUAUCUCAGCUCUCCUGGGAACUAAAAUGCCAGGGCCAGGCUGUGUAUUUCUUUCCCAGGAAAUUAGCUUUCCAGCCCCUUUAUAUAUUGGAGAAGUUGUUUUAGCUUCUGCAGAAGUGAAAAAGCUGAAGCGGUUCAUUGCUAUUAUUGCAGUGUCAUGUUCUGUAAUAGAAAGUAAAAAGACUGUUAUGGAAGGCUGGGUUAAAGUUAUGGUUCCAGAAGCUCCCAAAUCCUGAAAUACAUGUUUUAAAGAUGCAACCUCCAACACCAAUGCUGUUGUUAAAGAGCCUAUGGGGAAUUGCUGCUCUUCACCAAAGAAUGGUUGAUAGGCCCAGAAGCCCAUCUUAGUUAGGGGAAGGGAGCAGGAAGAGGGUUGUUCAAAUGCCCACUUUCCAGUUUGGCCUUAUGCUUCACACAGACUUGAGUGUAUGCAGGAUUUCAUUAUCUGCCUGGGUUUUUUGUUCGUUUGUUUUUUGUUUUUUAAUUCAAGAAGUAGGCUGGGCCCGGUGGCUCAUGCCUGUAAUCCUGGCACUUUGGGAGGCUGCGGCAGGCGGAUCACUUGAGGUCAGGAGUCCAAGACCAGCCUGGCCAACAUGGUGAAACCCCAUCUCUACCAAAAAAAAAAAAAAAAAAAAAUGCAACUAGCUGUGCUUGGUGACUUGGCCCUGUAGUCCCAGUUGCUCGGGAGGCUGAGGUGGGAGAAUUGCUUGGGCCCGAGAGCUGGAGGUUAUGGUGAGAAGCUGAGAUUGCACCACUGCACUGUAGCCUGAGUGACGGAGCGAGACCCUGUCUCAAGAAAGAAGUAUUGGGAAGGUUAUUUAAAGACUCUACUUUUAAAUCAGGCGUGGCAGCUCACGCCUGUAAUCCCAGCAUUUUGGGAGGCUGAGGCAGGCGAAUCACUUGAGGUCAGGAGUUCAAGACCAGCCUGGCCAACAUGUGAAACCCCAUCUCUACUAAAAAUACAAAAACUAACCGGGCAUGGUGGCAGGCACCUGUAAUCCCAGCUACUUGGGAGGCUGAGGCAGGAGAAUCUCUUGAACCUGGGAGGUUGCAGUGAGCCGAAAUCACACCACUGCACUUCAGCCUGGGCGACAGAGCAAAACUCCACCUCAAAAAAAAAAAGAUUCUUUUAGAAAUUCAGACCUAGAUAGAUUUGCAUUUGGAUAACAAAGCCCUACCUAUAGCCAUGUGGAAGCAGCUUGUCACUGUAUUUUAACUGUGUAACAAUUAUUGAAGGCGAAAAUAGAAGUUGGGUCAUCUUUGAACACCUACCUUUUAUCAAUGAAUAUUUUUAGACUGUUCUUCAGUAUCUGAGUCAGAGUUUAUUGUAAUUUGUUAUUUACACCAAGGUGGCAUCUUAGUCUACCUUCAGUGAGACUUGCGUUUCAGGGGAGGGGCGUAUGUGCAUCCUCGGUCUCAGUUAUGUAAACGGUCUGAUCUGUAAAAUAGUGGUAGCACAUGCCACGUGGGAUAGUUGGUGGAGAUGAUAGAUGGAGUUAAGCACAGGGCCCAGCCUGUCAGCAGUAGCUACUAUUAUUGUUGCCCAUUUCCCCUGCAACUGAGGUGAGAGGUUUUCCUGAGUUUGAAGCUGACUGGCCCACAGUUAAACGUAACAGACCAGUUUUUCAGGGUGUCAGCCAACCUCUAUUAGUGUUCUUAAGUACAGUUUCUGUUUUAAAAGUUCAGAUUAUUCCUUGAAAAUUUGCAUCUACCUCCCAUUAUAUGAGUAAUACAUGCUUAUAGUAAAAAAAAAAAAAAAACUUGUAAGAAAUAAAUAUUAAGAUUAUGGAGGCCAAAUUCUUAAGACUUUGGGGGCUGGGGUCAGGGAGGUUAUAUUGAAGGGGAGAUGUGCCUAACAUGUUAGUACUAAAUGGCCAUCCCAACACAGCCAACACUUGUUUCCCAUUUUUUUCCCCAUUUUUUAAUAAAAUUGAGAUAUAAUUCACAUACCAUAAAAUUCACCUUUUAAAAGUGUACAGUUUAAUGGUUUUCAGAAUAUCCACGAAGUUGUACAACCAUCACCAAAUCAAUUUUUUAUAGCAUUUUUCAUCACCCCCAAAAGAACCUCCCAUUAGCAGUCAAUCCAUUUCUCUCCUCCAGUCUUCGGGAAUCACCAGUCUACUUUCUGUCUCUAUGGGUUUCCCUGUUCUGGACAUUUCAUAAAAGUUCAUACAAUAUAUGAUCCUUUGGAACUGGCUUCUUUGAUAUAGCAUGUUUUCAGGGUUCAUCCAUGUUACAGCAUGUAUCAGUACAUCAUUUUAUUUUAUGGCUGAAUAAUAUUCCAUUGUAUUUACCCAUACAUCAGUUGAUAUUUGGAUUAUUUUCGCUUUUGGGCUGUUAAAAAUAAUGUUAUGAACAUUAUAGAAGAGGUUUUUAUGUACACAGGUUUUAAAUAUAUAUAUAUAUAUAUAUAAAUUUUUUUUUUUUCUUUUUUGAGACGGGGUCUUGCUCUGUCGCCCAGGCUGGAGUGCAGUGGUGCGAUCCCAGCUCACUGCAAGCUCCUCCUCCUGGGUUCAGGCCAUUCUCCUGCCUCAGCCUCCCAAGUAGCUGGGACUACAGCGCCUGCAACCACGCCUGGCUAAUUUUUUGUAUUUUUAGUAGAGACGGGGUUUCACCGUGUUAACCGGAUGGUCUCGAUCUCCUGACCUCGUGAUCUGCCUGCCUCGGCCUCCCAAAGUGCUGGGAUUACAGGCAUUAGCCACUGCGCCUGGCCGACAGGUUUUAAAUUCUAGGAGUGGAAUUGCUGUAUCAUGUAACUUUAAUAUUAUAAAGAAUUGUCAAAUUGUUGUUCAAAUUACUAUUGGGCAUGAGGUGGUAUCUCAUUGUAGUUAUGAUUUCCAUUUCUCUAAUGUCAGCCAACACAUUCAAGACAAUCUAUGACAGAAUUUUUAAUUUUUACCCAGAGAGCAGCUGAACAGACAACUAGAAAGAAUUAUUCUAGGCCAGGCGUGGUGGCUCACGCCUGUAAUUCUCAGCACUUUGGGAGGCCAAGGCAGGCGGAUCAUGAGGUCGAGGUCAAGAGAUUGAGACCAUCCUGGCCAUCUUGAUGAAACCCCAUCUCUACUAAGAAUACAAAAAAAUUAACUGGGUGUGGUGGUGCGCGCCUGUAACCCUAGCUACUCGGAGGCUGAGGCAGGAAGAUUGCUUGAACUGGGAGGUGGAGGUUGCACUGAGCUGAGAUCAUGCCCCUGCACUGUAGCCUGGGCAACAAGCGAGACUCCGUCUCAAAAAAAAAAAUUAUUCUAGUCGCUAGAGGGCAGUGUUGUGUAUAAAGUUAGUACUUUAAAACUUUAAUACUCUGUUAUACCAUACACUAGUUUUCGAAGGUGGAAGACAAGACCAAAAUCAAUGUGGGGAGCAAGGAUACUGUUCUUGUGAGUUUCAGAAUGUGCAGCAUGUGCAGGCUGAGAUCCACGUGAAGAAGACAUUUAUAGGUGAAUCACUAGACAUGCUGAAAAUGUGUUCAAAUGGCAAAACAAAAUGGGGAACAUGAGGCACAAAUAUACGGACUUGAGGCCAGGACUGCUUGCUCCUGCAGUCAAGUGAGAAAAGGCAAAUUAAUUGGAGAAAAGGCAUACCAAUAUAUUAGCUUGCAUGCAGGGGAGAGCUACAGAGUGAUUACCCCCCAAACUCCCACCCAAUAGGGUUUAGAAGCUUAAAUACCACCUAAAGGUUAUAGAAAGAGUGUGGGCUCGGAUCAGUGGCAUAACUAACAGGUUCAGGGAGCUGGAGAAGGGGAAGCCUGGCUAGCAAAGGUGGUCUUGUUAUGUAAAUGAAGCCCCACAGGUGGCAGCCCUCAAAAGAAUAGAUGGUAAAUGUUUUAGACCUUUUUUGUUGUUGUAUGAGACAGAGUCUCGCUCUUGUUGCCCAGGCUGGAUUGCGAUGGCGCGAUCUUGGUUCACUGCGGCCUCCGCCUCCUGGGUUCAAGCGAUUCUCUUGGCCUCAGCCUCCCAAGUAGCUGGGAUUACAGGCAUGCACCACCAUGCCCAGCUAAAUUUUGUAUUUUUAGUGGAGAUGGGGUUUCACCAUGUUGCCAGGCUGGUUUCGAACUCCUGACCUCAGGUGAUCUGGCCUCCUCAGCUUCCCAAAGUGCUGGGAUUACAGAUGUGAGCCACCAUGUCCAGCAUGUUUCAGACCUUUAAAGUGUCAGACUAAGUUAAUCUUCCCGAGAUCCAGACAAGGGAAGGCCUGGCUGCAUCAAGCAGAUUCUCUGCAAAUGCAAGUUUUCUCCACAAAAGACAGCUUUGCAGGGCUACUUCUGUUGGCUCUCUGAACAGCCAUCUGAAAAUAUGACAAAUAUAUUUUGGGGUGAAAUAUUUUUAUUUCCCUCAUUCGUGUUGCUGGAA